AUGGCAGCAGCAGAAACGACAAAGGCUCUGAGAGAGCUGAUAGAGAACCACCAGCAGCCACAGGACGCACCGCUGAGUGAAGACGUGCUGAGGAGUGUGCGCGCCGUGCUGAUCAAGAUUAAGAAGCCACAGCCAGCAGCCACAAGCACAGACACAGAAGCUGGAAAAGACGUCAACACCCCCGAUACCAAUACCAAUACCGAUACCAACAUCUUCAGCACACUCCUACAAACCGCGCAAACACCAACCCUCACGCAGCCCCACCGCGCCCUCAUCUGCGACGUCCUCAGCACCUACCUCAUCCGCACACGCACACCGCCCUUCCUCCCCCUCCCUGCACAUCCACCAUCACCAUCAUCAGAGCAAUGGCCGCACAAAGCAGCAGCAGUCGUGAUAGCAUACUUCGACGACGCGCAGUCGGCGCUGUCGAAAGCGCUCAAGGACCUUCUUGGCAACAUCCUCGCCGCGCACCCCACCCCGGAACUGUUUGCGCAGCAGCUGGCGACGCAGCUGCUGGCUGCCGCGGGCGAGGGGAGGGGCAGGAAGGUGGGGUACUUUGUGCUUGAGACGCUGCUACGGAGGCGGCUGGUGAGCGGUGAGUUUGUGGUAGGGUUGGGCGGUGGUAGAGAUUGGGAUGGGGGGUUGGUGAAGGUGUUGUUGGGCGGUGUGGGGGACCGGACGGUGGCGCCGGUGAUUGGGAAGGCGGUUGUGGCGCUGCUGGGGGCGCGGAGGAGUGAGAUGGCUACGGCGGCGGGUGGGAGUGGUGAUGAUGAGGAGACUUGGGUGAACGAGUGGAGGGCGCCGUUGGAGUGGGCGAUGGGCGUGGAGGCGCUGAGGGGGAAUGUGCAGACGUAUGUGCUUCCGGGGCUGUUUAGGCUUUCGCCUGCGGGGUUUAGGGGGUUUGUGGAGGGGCUGGGGUUGGCGCGGUUUUGUGGCCGGGAGGAGGAGGGGAGUGUGGUGGUGAUGGAGGUUGAGGGCGAGGAUGGCGAGGGGAGGGAGUUGAUGAGUUUGCUGUGCUGUCUGAAGGUGGGGAAGGACCUGGGGUAUGUUUCUGAAGAAACCGACGCCGAAGCCACAGAAGGGGCCAAAAAGAACCAAAAAUCCUCAAAGAUCACCGUCCCCGCAUCCUUCACCACCCCGCUCCUCUCACACCCACACCCGCACCUGCGCCUCGCCGCAUUCACGCUUCUAACACACUCCCCCUCCCCCACAACCCCGCUCCCGUCCUCCGCCCUGGCAGCCAUCAAGUCCGCCCUGCCCCACCUGCACACCGAGACCGACGCCGAGGUCCGCAACCUCACCACCCAGGCCAUCCGCACGCUGCUCGAGCGCCUCGCGGCAUCGUCAUACCACAUCACCAAGCAGUCCACGUCCAGCCUCCCCGCACACCCCUCCGCCGCCACUACCCUAACCGCAAAAAUAAAAGAGAUAAAGCACUUCGUACAAUGGUACGUCCACCACCUAACCACGCAGCUUGCGCCGUCAGCGUCAUACCAGCGCACCACAACGGCGCUAAAGCUGCUCACUACACUGCUGCUCUCGGGCCUUGGCUCUUCCUCCGCCUCUACCACGCCACCAGACCCAAAGAAGCACCUAAACUGGCCGCCGGCAAUAACGACCGCAGUAACAAUCUUCACGCCCGCGAUGCGCCGCGCGCUGUCAGACGCACUCUUCAACCCGUUCGACGACGUGCGCGCCAUGGCGGCCGACGUGCUGCUGCUCGCGCCGCCGCCCGACCACGGCGCCUUGGAGGCACUGUUCGCCGCCGGCGUGCAGCGGAUGAAUGCGACGGGGCGGGAGAGGGACGCGGAUGGUGUUGCGAGGGUUGUUGUGUUGCUGUUUGAGGCUGGCGAGGAGGGGGAGGGGGGAGAGGUGGUGGUGGAGAGGGUGCUGGGCAUGCUGGAGGAGUGUCUUGGUGUUGCGCGGCGGGACUUUAGUGCUGCGGUGAGGGGGCGGCCGGUGCAUGGGUUGCUGGCGGGGUUGAGGAUGGUGUUUGAGCGGCGCGGGGCGUGGGAGAGGGGUGUUGGGGGGAGGGGCGUGGUGGAGAGGGUGUUGAGCGUGUGUGGGGAGGUGUGGGCGCUGGUGAGGGGCGUGCUGUGCGUGGAUAGCCCUGAGGGGUGUGUGCUGGGUGUCGGGGAGGAGGGGGAGGAGGAUGAGGAGGUGAAUGGGCAGACGGUGAUGAGCUAUUCGUGGAGGGCCGUGAAGGAGGCGAGCUCCCUCCUCGCCACCCUCCUCUCCCACGCCCCCUACAACCCCACCACCCCCACCAUCUCCCUCCUCCGCGCCACCGACUUCCCCCCCGCCGGCGCCCUCCUCCUCUCCCAACUCAGCCACAUCCGCCACCGCGGCGCCUUCUCCGCCGUCUCCCCCUCCUUCACCACCCUCUGCACCACCUGCAUUACCUCCCCGGACGCCACCCUCCACCCCCUCCCCGCCCAAUGGCUCGCCUCAAACCUCCACCUCAUCACAACCUCCUCCUCCAAGAUCACCCGCCGCUCCGCCGGUCUCCCCUACCUCCUCAUCGCAGUCCUGUCCUCCGAGCGCGACCCGACCCGCCCCCUCCUACAGUCCACCUUCGCGCACCUCGCCUCCAUCGCCGCGCGGCCCGCGCCACCGUCGCGCGACGGCGACAAGAUCGACCUCCCGCAGGUGCACGCGCUCAACUGCAUCAAGCACCUCUUCACGGACGCGCGGCUGUCGGCCGCCAUGUCGGCACACAUCGGCGCCGCGCUUGCGCUCGCCGUCGGCUGCUUUGCGGCGCCGAUCUGGGCGCUGCGCAACUGUGGGAUUAUGCUGUUCACGGCGCUGCUGAACCGGCUGUUUGGCAUCCGGCGGAGCAGGAAUGAGGAUCGGUCUGCGUUUGAUACGCAACAGCUCUUGCGCGAGGCGGGGAGUCAAAGGAUGGGCAUGAAUGGGGCCCAUGGGCAGCUGUGUGCCGUGCGGGUACUGCUGGAGAGGAAGGCGCGCAGGGGGGAGGAUUUGACCGCUGUUUGGGCGGCGAUGGACGCAGUCUUUGAGGCGUUGGUGGUCGCGAAUCGGUGUGCGGUGAUCAAGGCUGUGUGUUUGCAGAUCAUCACGGAUCAUGGAUUGGCGACUGGCGCGCUGGUGGAGGGUCAUGCUCUCCACGGAAAAGUUUUGAGCUACGCUAGCACUGCGGAAAUAGCACUCGCCGAGAUCAACAACGCCGGCAUCGUCGGCCGCACGCUCUUCAAAACGCACCUGACCGCCUUCAUGGUCACCAAAGCACUCCACCACCCCACCCCGACAGGCAUCACCGAACUGCUAACCCUCCUCUCCAGCGCCGACGAAGAAGCCGCCCUCUCAACCACCUCCCACCUCCUCUCCUCACCCCGCCAGCUAGACCUAACCCCGUGCGAAGCCGCCCUCCUCGACGCCACCCUCUGGACCCUAAUCACAGAACACCCCUGGCACCAGCUGCGCACAGCAGCACUCACCCUCCUCACCCGCUACGGCACCAGCACCGACACCGCCCUCGAGCCACACUGGCGCACCACCCUCGACCUUGCCACAACCCCGCCCACAGAGCCCUGUCAGCACGCGGCCCUGUCGGUCCUCGGCCUCCUCACCGCCCGCGUCUGGGCACACUACCAGCACCUCCCCAACAACGACGACGGCGCGCAGUGGGCCGAGUGGGCCCUCGCACAGCUCAUCAAACUUGUCACUCCCGCAAUCCACGAAGACCAGCCGUACCCGGCGCGGGAGGCCGCGCUGGCGGCGCUGAGGGCGCUGGCCCCGGUGCUAAGCUUCGACACGCUGGCGCAGUGGCGGUCGCGGCCGGUGGCGCUGCGCGGCGCGUAUCUGGCACUGUAUGAGCUGCUUAAUGACGACGAUGAGGAGCUGCGUGAUGGGGCGGCGGAGGUCGUGUGUGGCCUUCUUCCCGCGGGGGCGGGGGCGCGGGUGGCGUAUGUGCCACUGCGGGCGGGCGAGGCGCUGCUGGACGCGAUGGUGGGCGUGUUUGGUGGGGAGGCGGAGUUUUUCGAUGAUGUUGUUGGGAGGGUGCGGGGUGGUGGUGGUGGUGGUGUUGAUGUGGGCGGGGAGCUGGAGAGGUUGUUGGGUGCGGGGACGAUACUGUUUGCGCGGGAGAGGCAGAACUUGUUUAUUGAUGGGAGUGAGGAGGCGCGGCGGUGGGGCGGGGCGUUGGCGGGGUUGGAGGUGCAGGAAGGGGGCGGUAGAGACUUUGUUCUUUGGACCGUGGGUGGGUUGGAUGCUUUUGAGAAGAAGGUAAAGGAGAAGGGGAGCGAGGGGGCGUUGGGGUGGCUGGCGGAUGAAGAGGUGUUUGUGCUGGCUGUGAGGGUGGUGGAGGGGGUGAGGGUUGUGAGGAGGUGGUGGGAGAGGGAGGAGGUCGAGGAGGUGUUGUGGGGGAUGGUGGUGAGGGGGGCUGAAGCGCUGGUGGAGGCGUUGGGGGCGGUGGGGGGGCAUGAGACGUUGAAGGGGGGGUUGAGGGAGAUUCUGGAUGGGUAG